AUGGCCAUGGUUAUUCCCCUGGCGCAGAACACCUCCAGCAGCUCUCUUGUCGGUCAAAAUGGUUGUGUGACAGAAAGAGCACGCCUUAAAGGCUCAUUGGCAGAAUCCGAGCGAAUGUACCCUGAGUUACCCCCGAAUUUUGGGGAGGUUGUCGAAGGAAUCUAUCGCAGCGCAUUUCCCAGCCCUUGGAAUCUUCCCGCGCUUGAGAACCUGGGUCUCAAGACUAUAAUCACUCUCGUCGAGGAACCGUACGGUUUGAGUCAUAUGGGUUUUCUUCGCGAGAACGGGAUCGCGCACUUUCGCGUUAUCGUUCAAGCAAACAAGGAUCCCGAAGAGAAGACCCCUGAUCAUGUAAUCAAUGGUAUCCUUGAAAUUCUCCUCAACAAGGCCAAUCAUCCGAUUCUUAUUCAUUGCAACAAGGGAAAGCAUCGCACUGGCUGCGUAGUAGCUUGCUUCCGAAAGGUUCAAGGUUGGAACUUGCGCGAAGUCAUUGACGAGUAUUUAAGCUACUCUUGGCCAAAGUCAAGAGCUCUGGAUGAAAGGUUUAUCGAAGCGUUCGACGCAACCAAACUCGACCAGGUGGCUAAGGAUUCUGGUGCCAAAUUGUGGAAACCUACCGGUAACCAGAGAAAUCCAGAGCCCUAUGUGUUGCCCUCCACAUUUUGA